AUGUCUGGCACCGGGGUAUUCCUGCAAAAACUCCUCAUUCUUCUGCAGGUUACUGCCAGUGUUGUUGUGGGCAAAACACUGCUGAUACUGUUCCCCAACACCAUGAAAAGAUACAUCCUAAAACAGGGUGAAAAGAGCAGAAUGAACCAGAACCCAAAGUUCAGCUACGAAAACUGGGGCCCAACCUUUUUCAGCUUCAAAUAUUUGCUCUUUGUGCUGAAGGUGAAGUGGAAGAGGCUGGAGGAUGAAGCCUAUGAGGGAAAUCCUGCUCCCAACACGCCAGUGGUGACUUUAAGGGGGGAAGUUUGUCACCUCUUAGAUUUCAUGCAAGAUAACAGACCUUUAAUCCUGAAUUUUGGAAGUUGCACCUGACCUUCAUUUAUGUUCAAAUUUGAUGAGUUCAACAAGCUCAUCAAAGAUUUCGGCUCCACAGCAGACUUCCUUAUCAUCUACAUUGAAGAAGCUCAUGCAGAAGAUGGAUGGGCUUUCAAAAACAACAUUGUCAUCAAAAACCACAGAAGCCUGGAAGACCGAAAAGCUGCAGCACAGCUUCUGCAGAGAAACAAUCCUUUGUGUCCAGUGGUUCUAGACACGAUGGAAAACCUCAGCAGCUCAAAAUACGCCGCACUGCCAGAACGGCUCUACCUGCUUCAAGGAGGGAAGGUCAUCUACAAGGGAGGAGUGGGGCCUUGGAACUACCACCCUCAGGAAAUACGUGCUAUCCUGGAAAAACUGAACUAGAGGAAGAAAUGCACUCUGGAGCCAAGACUAUCUGGAUAAAAAAGCUCAGUGACUUAACUUUUCAUAGGCACAACUGUAGGAGGGAAGAAAAAACAAACAAUCAAGAAUUCAAAAGUAACAGCAGAGACAAGCGGAGAAAGAAUAGUGCAGGUGUAUCUCAAGAGCACCUGUAAUGGGGUCAUUUCUGUCAUCUGCAAAAGCCAGCUGGCACACAAAGCAGCCAAUUUCACACCAUUAGGAUUCUCUUCCACACAGACAAUGUUCCUAACUUCUCCCUUUGACUGAAGAAGGCCUCUGAGCAGGACAAUCUCUACCAACAUUUGUUUCUAUUAAUAUUUGUUAUGACAGUCACAGCCUAAAGCACAGAGGGCUGUGACUUGAUUUGAGACUGUAUUUAUAGAAACAAGGGAUUGAUCUGCAACUAUUAAAAAUCUAU